UGUGAAAGAUGAUUUCAAAUUAUUCUUACAAAUUUGACAAAGAUAAUGUUGGGAAAAAAAAGGUGUUCCGACGAAUUUGGGUGUAAAUAUACCCGAAAUUGGAGAUAAUAUUUCGAGAUUUUGAGGUGGUGCAGGUUAGAAAAAUCUGAAAAUCCAAAAUUUGUCCCCACAAAACCAAAUGAGAGGCAAAGGGAAGCCAAACCGGAUGACGAAGCUAAUGGCUCUGACAAGCCACACGAUUUAUCCCAUUUGUCAUAUUUACCAGCAAAUAAAACUACACAAACUCAUCUUUUAAACAGUCCAUUAUCCAUUUUCGGCUUCACAUCAUCAUUUUGUUGAAAUAUGAGAAUUUUGUGAAUCUUUUGGCCUGAUCUUGUGUGGAAAUGAUGAUGUUGCCAGUGUGCUCAGCCACUUCGAGUUGUUCAUCACAUUCAUUGAUUUCUUUCCGUCGAGGUUUGCGGCCCUGUUGUCCAUUUAAGAAGGAUUUUGAAUCCAGAUGUUUUGUGGAAGAUGGCACUGAUCUGGGCUUGACAAAUAGAAUUCAUCUCCACAGAAUAUCCUUUAAAACAGAAGCUACAAAGUCUUCAUUUUCUGGUUUCGUUGAAAACACUCAAUCAGUCCCUGUAGAUUUCAGUAAUUCCUGUCCAAGCGAAUUGGAUGGCAUUAAAUGCCAGCCAUCUGACAUAUGGAGUUCUUCAGUUGGAGCAAUAAAUGAGCUGCAACCUAUGGAAAGUGGAGAGCUAGAAUACAUUGACACUUCUGGUGUACCCGCUAUGGAAGAGGGACUCAAGGACUUUACAGACCAGAUGACUGAAAAUGUAGACAAGUUGAUGGGACCAGUAGAACCUGAAAUCAUGUCACCUAUUGAAUUGACACCCGAGAAUCCUGCCCCACUAUUGGAUUCCUUGGAUAUAGAUAGUAAUUCGACAUCCAAUGUAAAAAGCAGUUUUGAUGACUUUCUUGCUCGGGCUAGUGAAACCUUCAAUUCUUCAAUAAACAAAGGAGAAAAUGCUGUGAAAAACUUACUAGAUACAAUAACUUCAUCAAUAACAUCUGUCAAAAAAAGUGCUUUAGAUGUGGUUGAUAAUGCUCUUGGCGGGGUGUUUUCAUCUGUUGAUCAAACGGGAAAUUUAGCUGGCAAUAAGUUGACGAGUUUUUCAACUAACUUGACAGAAGCCUCAAGUAAAGCAACUGUUGUUGCCAUUGAUGUGUUGAGACGCACAAUUGUUGCAUUGGAAGAUUCUAUAGCAAAUGGGGCUUCUUUUGUUGUCUACUAUUAUGGCACCACUAAGGAAAUGCUUCCUCCAGAGAUCAAGGCUGCUCUUAAUUUGUCUGAAGAGAGAGCAAGUGAAAUUUUGAGACCUUUUGGGUCAGCUUUUCAACAGGUUUCAAUUGCCGUUGAGGGAUUGGAAAGAAGUAUUGGCUUGGAUUCGAAUGAUCCUAUUGUCCCAUUUGUUCUUUUCCUCGGAGGCUCUGCUACUUUGUGGGUUUUUUAUUGGGUGUGGACAUAUAGCGGUUACUCAGGAGAUUUAUCUCCUCAGUCAACUUUGGAGCUUUUGACAGGAAAGGAGAAUGCGGUUCUGAUUGAUGUCCGGCCUGAGCUUAUGAGAGAAAGAGAUGGUAUUCCUGAUCUUAGACGAGGAGCUCGAUAUCGCUAUGCAAGUGUAUAUUUACCUGAGGUUGAUGGCGCUGUAAGGAAAGUGUUGAGAGGUGGAAGACAGCUUGAUGACUCCUUAACUGCUGUUGUCAUUUCUAACUUGAAAAUUAUUCAGGACAGGUCCAAGGUUAUAGUAAUGGAUGUUGAUGGUUCUCGAUCCAAAGGCAUUGCAAGGUCAUUGAGAAAACUUGGAAUUAAGAGACCAUACUUGGUCCAAGGCGGUUUUCAGUCUUGGAUAGAAGAGGGUCUUCGAAUUAAGGAGCUGAAAGUUGAGACGGCAUUGACCAUACUCAAUGAGGACGCUGGGGCAAUCCUAGAAGAUAUCAAGCCUACUCCAUUGAAAGUUCUGGGGUUUAGUGUGGGAGCUGUUGCAGCAUUAUAUGCCCUACUAGAGUGGGAGAAGACUUUGCAAUUUAUUGCUGUCAUUGGCCUUGGUCAGACUAUUUAUCGGCGGGUUGCUUCAUAUGAGGAUGCUGAAGAUUUUAGAGAAGAUGUCAAGCUGCUGCUAACUCCUGUUAGACUUGGAGGUCAAGCGUUUUCAUGGGCUGCUGGAAAAAUAGAAACAAAUCGCCCUGGACUACCAACAUCACCUUCAUCCAUAGAUGUUCAAAACCGCGUGUUGCAGGCUGCAGCCAAGCUUGAAUCUCAACCGUCUGAUUCUGAUAGAACCCAAGAUCCAUCUGCUGAACCAGUAGCCCAAAUGAAUGAAAAAGUGGAUCUCUCUGAAGCAUAGAAGGGGUGGAUUCGAGUUAAGUUGGUUCAAGCUUAGAUUGGUGUUUAGUUCGAAUCAGCAAAGCUCAAGCUAAAGAAGGAUCAGAUGGUCGAGUUCGAGCUUAGCUUGAGAUUGACGAUGGUGCUAGAGUUUGCCUCGUUGAUAAUUUUUUUUUCUUCUAUUUCAACAAUUCCUCUUCUUAUUUUCUGAUGCUUCCUCUUCCAAGACAACUCAACUCCGACGUUAUUCAUAAGCUAGAGCUGAUUGAUUUGGAUUUUGGUUGAACUCGAAUUGACCUUUGGUCAGGCUCAGCUGAAGCCUUCCCUGCUUGGCAUCAACUGCUAUCUAUUCUUAAAUAAAUGUCUCAAGACAAGUUUAUUACAGCACUGUUGAAGUAAUUGAAAGUGAAAAUGUACUUUU